AUGUCUCUUGAAGAAAAAGAUCGGACAAAUGUGCAUCUAGUUUUUCUGGGAGCAGCAGGUGUGGGGAAGACAGCCCUCAUCCAGCGCUUCUUAAAGGACACCUUUGAGACCAAGCACCGCCGCACAGUUGAGGAGCUCCACAGAAAGGAGUAUGAGGUUGGGGGUGUCAAAGUCAACGUCAACAUCAUGGACACCAGUGGCAGCUACUCUUUCCCAGCCAUGAGAAGGCUCUCCAUCCAGAACAGUGAUGCCUUUGCACUGGUCUACGCAGUGAAUGACCCAGCAUCCUUGGAGGUGGUUAAGCGUCUGCGGGAUGAGAUUCUGGAGCUCAAGGAGGACAAGUACACACCUAUUGUGGUGAUAGGUAACAAGAUUGACUGUCACCACGAGCGUCAAGUGUCAUGUGAGGAUGUUGUCUCAACAGUGGAGCUGGACUGGAACAACAGCUUUGUGGAGGCAUCUGCCAAAGACAACAUUAACGUGCUACAAGCGUUCAGGGAGCUUUUACAGCAAGCCAACCUGCCCAGGUGGUUUAGCCCGGCACUGUGCCACAGGAGGGAAACCUUUCCCAAGGAGAAGAACAAGAUAGCUCCAAUGAACAAGGCCAAGAGCUGUUUUCUCUCCUAA